AAAAUCACCAGAGUGAUGAGCUGCAAAGAAGGCCAUCCAGCCGGUACUGUUUGUGGCUUCGAGAAAACGGGCGGCAAGCCGAAACGGACCUUAAUCGGCUCGGAUCGAGUUCCAUGGCCCAACGAAGACCUGAUCCGACCUGACAAUAAUCGACCUAGGGACAGAGGAAUAAUUUCAUCUCUCCUCCGAUCUCCUCUCCUUUCCGCACUCCUCUGCGGCUUCGCCUCCCACUCGCCCCUCUCUUCAGGAAGCACCCUUCGUCUCCGGCAACCACAUCCUCCGGCGACCUUCUCCAGCGACGAACACGCCCAUUCUGCCCGCGUAUCCACCUUCCACUCCUCCGGCCGCUACCUCCUCUGGCUUCGUCGAGCAAGGGAAGGAUUUGAAGUAACGGCAAGAGAAGUCAAUAUGGCCACCCUUAGAAAUCUGAAAAUUAAGACGGCUACUUGCAGACGCAUCCUUAAGGAGCUUCAUUCUUAUGAGAAAGAAGUUCAGAAAGAAGCUGCAAAAACUGCAGACAUGAAGGAGAAAGGUGCUGACCCUCACGAUCUUAAGCAGCAGGAGAACGUGUUGGCAGAGUCAAGGAUGAUGGUUCCUGAUUGCUACAAACGAUUGGAAGCUGCACUUGCAGAGUUAAAAGGAACACUGGCUGAAAUGAAGGAGUCCAACCUGCAAUGUGUUGAAAUCGAAGAAGCUGAUAGUGUGAUUACAGAAGUUGAAGCAUCAUUUCCAACAUCAGAGGAUUAGAAGUUAAACGAAUUGAGCAUUAUGACAUUCAAAGUUCUGAUAUAUGGGCUGCCCCACAUGUACUUAUAUUUUAUGUGGCUUAUCAUGAAUGCUAGUUCCUUCGGGUGUUGGAUCUUUGUAUUUGUCUAAUUUUACCAGGAUUGCAUUCACUGAUAAGUAACUUCCCUUCAAGAUCUUUUUAUGUUAGUUUUACAUUAUCCAAA